AUGGCACAUAGAAUUUCAAGUAUCACAGCAGGUUUCAUUGUCACUACGCUGGUGUUGUUUGCCUCGAUAUGUGAUGCACAAUUGUCUUCUUCGUUUUAUGACAGUACAUGUCCCAAUGCACUCACCACCAUCAGAACUGUCAUUCGUAGUGCAGUUUCUAAGGAGCGCCGCAUGGCUGCAUCUCUCAUUCGCCUUCAUUUUCACGAUUGUUUUGUUCAGGGUUGUGAUGCAUCAAUUUUGCUAGAUGAUAGCUCUUCCAUAGAGAGCGAAAAGACUGCACCUCAGAAUUUUAAUUCUGUAAGGGGUUUCAACGUCAUCGAUCAAGCAAAAAGUGAGGUGGAGAAAGUGUGUCCCGGAGUUGUGUCAUGUGCAGACAUUGUGGCAGUAGCGGCUCGUGAUGCUUCAUUUGCUGUGGGUGGUCCAUCAUGGACUGUGAAACUUGGACGAAGAGAUUCUACCACCGCAAGCAAAAGUGAAGCUACCAGUGAUCUUCCACUUUUCACAGACGAUCUUAACACUCUUAUUUCUAGAUUCAGUAAGAAGGGACUCACUGCUAGAGACAUGGUUACUCUAUCUGGUGCUCACACCAUUGGACAAGCUCAAUGCUUCACAUUCCGUGGAAGGAUAUACAACAAUGCAAGUGACAUUGAUGCUGGAUUUGCAAGCGCUCGUCGACGUGGCUGUCCUUCCCUUAGUAAUAAUGAUAAUGAUAAGAAAUUGGCAGCACUAGACUUGGUGACGCCUAAUUCAUUUGACAACAAUUACUUCAAGAAUUUGAUUCAGAAGAAGGGUCUUCUUCAAUCAGAUCAAGUUCUGUUCAGUGGAGGCUCUACAGAUUCCAUUGUGUCUGAAUACAGCAAAAAUCCUACAACCUUUAAGUCUGACUUUGCAGCUGCUAUGAUCAAAAUGGGAGAUAUUGAGCCAUUAACCGGAUCAGCUGGAAUAAUAAGAAAGAUUUGCAGUUCCAUCAACUAA